UCCGUGUGCUGUGACGUCACGUGAACUGCCCGUGCCCGAUCCAUCUGAGCGAGAGAGAGAGAGAGGACGGUCGUGGACAUUUCGCGCGGCCUCAACACAGACCCAAGACCGUGCGCCCGUGACUGCUGGAUUCACCGGAUGCAAAAAAGUACAGACGGAGAAAGAGGAAACGACCCCUCCUCCCCCCGACGGACUGCGAAGCGCGACAGCAGAGGACAGAAACACCAAUACAACUUGUCAUCUGACCAGCACAGCCGCUGCUCCCGUCGUGCGGUGUUUUUUUUACCCACUCACACAGUUCCUUUCGGUUGUUUUGUUUUGCUUUGACGGAGCCUUUCUAACUAUUUCCACAUCCUGCUUUUGAUCAUCUCACGAUAAACUGGGGAUAUCCUUCUGCAACUUUUAAUUGUGAGGUUUUUCUAUCCGAGCAAUCUGCGGGAUUCAUUCCCUUGUUUUGUUUUCUUUUUUAUUGCCUUUGCAUUUGUUAUGGACAGUAUUCUCACUCCUGCUCUGACUGUCCCUCCCACACUGGUCCGCUGAGAAUAACAGCCUGAGCUGCUGAACACUUCUACAACUCAACUGCAAUGGGAUACUCGGAUGAAAACAUUUCUUAAAGGGAUUAAGGAGCCAUUACACAGUAAGUAAAAGUUCUCCAGCAUACUUGUCCUAUUGGUAGGUUCUCCAGUGAGUUUGCCUCGCCCCUUUAAGUGCCCCAGGUGUCUCUGUGCGACCCCGUUUGGCCCAGGAUGUCCAGGCAGCUCUCCCAGCUUCCAACCCCUGACCUCCCAGCCGGUGCGAGUCCACAGUUUGGAAGUUGUACUCAGCCUGCAGGCUCCCUCACAGGAGGACAGCUCACCUCUAUGGCAGGUCUGAAAUCCCUCCUGCAGCACCCGAUGAAGGGAGAUCAGCGUCUGAAAAGCCCCUGUGAUGUGAAAGCAGACAAAGACAGAUCUCUGGACCUAGAUGAGGACUCCCUAGGAGUGUGCUCCAUGAGGAGUGGGAGUGGAAUAAGCAGCAGUAAUAGCAGUACUGGCUGUGGUGGAAAUGGAGGUGGAAAUUUCAACCAGUUCUUGGGGCCUCUCCUGUGGGAUCGCACCCUGCCUGCAGAUGGGGGCCUCUUUCAGCUUCAGUACAUGGACUUGGAAGAGUUUCUGACCGAAAAUGGAAUGGGCAGCAUGCAUAACAACAACAGCUCCAGUUCAGCCCAGGUCCCCUCACAAAGCCCCCAGUCAGCUGUGCCCAACCAGAGCUCCCAGUGCCUACCGUCAUCAUCCCCACCUUGUUCAACAUCCUCUUCACCCUCUUCCUCAUCUUCCCCUUCACUCAUUGGUUUGGAAGUGGCUCAGCCUCAGAACGUUGCUGGAGGAACAGAUUGUCUGCACGGGAGUCAGACAAGUAUGAAUGAUUCCUGCGAGUCUCCUUCCUCCUCCUCAUCCUCCUGUCCACCUCUGCUGACACCAACGGGCAGCGGGCCAGAUGGGAUUGGCAUGUUUGACAUGGAUGCAUCUAGUGGCUCUAGCCAGCAAAACUUUGACCCCCGGAGGCAUACCUUCAGCGAAGAGGAGCUCAAGCCACAGCCGAUGAUCAAGAAGGCCCGCAAGAUCCUGGUUCCUGAUAAUAUGAAGGAUGAGAAGUACUGGACCAGGAGAUAUAAAAAUAACGAAGCAGCAAAGCGUUCCCGAGAUGCCCGCCGCCUGAAGGAGAACCAAAUAUCGGUGCGAGCUGCCUACCUAGAGAGGGAGAACGCUGCUCUCCGACAGGAAGUGGCCGAGAUGCGGAAGGAACUAGGCCGCUGUCGCAACAUCCUUAGUAAAUACGAGAACCGGCUUGCUGACCAGUGAUGAAGGGGAGGCGGAAAAGCAGGAAGAGGAGGAAUAAGCUGGAUUAAUUUUAAGACUUUUUGGGGUGGCAUGAUGGACAGAUUGGGGUCAAGAUGAUGAGGAAGGUGAUGAUUAUGAUGAUGAAUGUAUGAGACAAGGAGAAGGUUUGUGUAUUGAAGCUCAGGUGUCUUGUUUUGUUGAGGUGUCAGCUCUUAAAAGUGAUGGUUAGAGAGAAUAAUUUAACAGAUGAAAGAUGUGACUUUUAAGAGUUUUGUUAUUGGAGAAUUGUAUAUUUUUAUAAUACUUAAGAAAAAUUAGAGGGAGAGCAAAUUUGAAGAAUAAUUUUGUAUAUUUUCUACAUGACUGGGACAUAGUGAUGGGGGAUGGCAUAAAUAUCUUUUUAUUAUAGAUGAUUCAGGAGUUGUUUAACAGGUGGUCAGUCAUCGAUGGGUAUUUUUUGACCUGAUUCUAGUCAAAAUGCAGCAGCAGGGGCGAGAACGCUUGUAACAAUUGUAAUAUAGAGAGAAAAAUUAUGUUAAAAUCGUAUAGUUCAGCAUUUUUGUGGAUUUUACUCAAGCACUUAAUUUUUCCUGUUAUGUUCCUGUCACUGGGAAUGAGCAUGUUAUGGCAGAGACCGUACGAGAGACAAGGGGAGACACCAUGUAUACAGUCCAGCACUAUCCUCAGCACUCGUCUUGUGUUUUCUUUUUCAGUAGAAUAUCUUCAUCCUUUUAAUUGACUUGUUUACUGUACCCCAACAAUGGUAGCUGUAUGUACAAUGAGCUUAAUUUUAUAAGACUGGUACAUCUUUUCAGUCACAUGCUUGUAUCUUUUUCUCUAUCUCAGUUGAGUGCUUUUUUAAUCUACUCUGGUGUUUCGUAUCUUUUCCUAAGCUGGUGGAAGCCUUUGUGAUGCCCCUGCUACAGUAACUCCGGUCCUCUUGAUCUUCUCUUUGAACCGCUGGUACAUUUCUCUUCCUCUGUUUCUAUAUCCAACUUCUCUAUUUCUGUCUGCUUUCACUUACAGGCAGUCCCUCCACAGUUACAUGCGACCCUUUUUCCCCCCAUAACAUUUUAUCCUUUGGCUCCAAUGUACUUUAGUGGUACAUAGGAUAUCUAAGUGUUGUAACAUAUUCUGAAAUAGUAAUUGAUUUUCCCAGUAAAACGCACAUGAAUACUUUACUGUACUUUAUAAACACACUGAAAUUAGCAUCAUUAUCAGAGAUGAAAUAUUGUGUGUGUUGAAUAGGCCUAUGCUAUUUUGUGUAUUUGUAUUCCAGGAGAUAGGCUACACAGCCGCAUCGAGUGGAAUUGUGUUAACUUUCUCAGAUUUCUGGGAGGAAUAAAAGCCAAAAGUUCCUAUGUUGAUCCACAAAGCUUGUUGCUAUUUAGUGCUUUUUUCAAUACUGUUCCUUCCUAACUGUUUACUCCUGUUAUUACUUUUUACUGUGUCUAUAAACUUCUCUAUGUACCCACAACACCUACACAGGGGCAUGGUACACUAUGUUAUGUUCCUGAGGGAGGGAUGACUAGUAAUAGAGUGUGAUUUUAAACCCCUUAAUGACCAUGAUGGACAGUUACCAUUACUGCUAUUAUUAUUGUUAUGGUUAUGAUGAUUAUCCCUCUUAUUGUUGCUGUUCUGUAUUUCUAAAUGCUUUCUUUGAAUGAAAAUGAUGUAUUGCACAUCUUUGAUCUUCAGUGUUCCACAGAAAGACUUUAUAAGAGAUACCCUCACUCUGAUAUUUACAUCCUGCCUCAGAUCCCUUCAGAUGCAACGUUACUCACUUCUGCUACAAACACUACUGGUUUAUUUGACCAUGGACUUCAUAAACGUGGCUCAGUAACUUGAACAUUCAUGCAGACUUUAUUUUAUCGGUUAUAGUAAUGACCUCUUCUGUUCCUCAGCUGUGUAUGAGCUAUGCACACUAUCAAUAUGUUUCCUGUUAUUUUAUUUCAGCCUCUAUCACCUCGAUCAGUGAUUGUUUGCUCUCCCAACAGGAUUUAGUUUCUAAUAUCCUCACAGAUGUGGUUUAUAAAUCUUCUAGAGUCUCUAAUUGAUCUACAACUGUCCUGCUGCAUCAGUGGUGUCAGUGGUUUCCAGCCCACUAAAUGCUGGUUAUCUGGAUGUAGUUGAGAUUUCCCAAAAACACCAAUAAAAGAUUGUUCUCAUUCCC